AUGUCGUCCUCCUCCUUCGACUUCCUCGAGGGCUGGACAAGCGAUGACAGUCACAGCCUCUCCGCCAGCGAGACGGAGCUCGACAUCUCGCCCGACGAGGCUCUCCUGCUCGCCGACCUUAUCGCCUCCGUUGCCGAUAAGCCUGUCUCUACCACAGCUUCGAGCCAGCAUCACCAGGCCGUGCCAGACAUAGAAGACCAUGAAUACCUGCGUCUGGCGCUGGAGGAGACCUUUCUCCCGGACGACGAUACCAUCUCGGACCAGAAACAUCAGCGUCAGACUGCCCGCAACCCCAUACAACUCGACCAACCCAGAGACGCAGACGAAAAAAACAAUGCAGAUAAAAACAAUGGAGACAGAGAUGAUGUCCGUGAAGAGGAAGACUCUCGCACACCCCUCGAACGCUUCAGACGGCCUCCCAUGAAAGGCCUGUCUGUCUCCGACCUCGUCUCCCCGGCCUGGUGCGAGCUGCAGUACACAUAUACCCUCCUCCACGGGCCUAAGCAGACCACACCCGCCAUGAAGCGCGGCAAAGUCGUCCACCAGAAGCUCGAGAACGAAGUCCACGCCUCUGUGCCCGUCACCGUGCUCAGCAAGGAAGACGCCUGGGCCCUGCGCAUCUGGAACGUGAUUUACGCCCUUCGCACGCUGCGAGAUACCGGUAUAACUCGCGAAAUGGAGGUCUGGGGAUUGCUAGAUGGGGAGAUCGUGACGGGCGUGGUCGAUUGUCUCUCUCACGACCGCCCUACGCAUGCUGACCUGCAUCACUUGCCCGCGACGUACUCUGGGGUGCGCUCGACUAAACGCCUGCAUAAGACGAGUGCUGGAUGGGCCUUCGAGCAUGUCGGGCAGAAUAUACCGCUGAGCAAGGAAAGGGGUAUAUAUAUUACUGAAGUGAAGACGAGAGAUGCGGCGAGGGGAGGUACGAGGUUACCUGCGCUUGACUCGCCGUCCUUUAGGCCUGCGCGCAUCCAGUUACAGCUCUAUUACCAUUUCUUGACCCGCAUGGUGGAAUCGGAGGAUGUCAGCGUGUUUGAUAUUGCGGAGAGGUAUGGGUUGAAGCCUCAUGCUCCGCUGUCGGACGCUUUUCUGGCGCAGGUCGGCAGCAUCAAUGACGAUUACUUUGAGAACGAGGCUUGUUCGUGGAGUCAGUCAAGGCCCAGCGAAGAAGGGGAUGGAGAUGCUACUUCCAUCAGUGAUAGACUGGAUUCGUUGACGGUGCUGCUGAAUCAUAACUCGCUGGCGAAUCUGUGGGAUCUACUCAAGGAGAAUCUCAGACUGACCUUUUUAUGGCCAUCAACGUCUACUUCUACGUCUGCUUCUACGUCUGCUUCUACUUCUGCAGGGGAUAAACAAGUGACGCUGCUGUCACCUAUACUAACAGUGUCAUACAUGGCUCAGGACAGGUCGAGAUCAGCAUCACCAACUACAGAGACAGAAAGGGAACCAGGAGAUACAGAAUCAAAAGAAGAGAGACCAACAGAUGCAGGAUCAGAUGCAGAUGCAGAAUCAGGAUCAAACACGCCCACCCCGUCAGAAACCCACAACUACACACAACUAGGCACACGCUCGUUCCUCUUCGACCCGGACUCGCUCUACCCCUAUCUGAUCGAGGGCUUGGCCUGGUGGCACGGCAGACGACCUGCUCACGCCAUCCCCGUCUCACAGGCCUGGAAGUGCCAGUCCUGUGACUUCAGGGGGAGCUGCAGCUGGCGCCGGCAGCGGUUCGAGAUGCACAUGCAGAAGAUCCGGGAGAGAGGCAACAGUUAGCCUUUGAUCUGUUUGUUGAUCUAUUGAUCUGCUGGGUCUACAAUUAUGUGCCAUAAUAUAGUGUUGGCGUUUUACGUAUAUAGCUGGAUAGGGUACCCUAAUUGACUGUUUUGAUAUCCCACUUCUCCAUACAUGAUUAGUCUCCAAGGGUCCAGAUUUUGACUACCGACGUAGCAUCCUUGAUGUAAUAGCUGUCCCAUCAGACUGGAGCAGGGCCGUGGCAACGUCCCAGUGGGCAAAGUCAAGCAAUAGCCUAUCCUUUCGUCUCCAUGAACGCGUCAGGCACGGCGUGGAGAUGUGGUUAAACUAGCAUCUAAUAGGGACGGAAGUUCUUCGGCGACACAUGUCGUUGAUAGCCGUUGCCUUACCACUGUUAUUACCCCUGGGAUGUACCAGACGUCCAUGUAUCUGUCGGCCGGGGCAUCUGUAGACUCCGAUGAAACUCCGUCGUCUGUAGAUGUAGCACCGUUGAUCAAUGUGUAGGUUAGGGUGACCGCAGCAGUAAACACCCACCACGCCGAACUCUCCGGUAUAUUGAGUGAAUUACAUCCUAGAAUGGCUCUAAUAUACUCUAUAAACAUGACAUAUAUGCAAAUACUCCAUGUCACGCUGCCCUGGCGCAGGAUCGGACGAAAGUGCUGA